CACAGCAACAACCACCACCGGCUCUAUCGAUAUCCUACUCUAUCACACGAAAAGUCCCUCGGAACUCUGUAAACCGUGGUCGUUCUCAGGCGCUCGUUUCUGCGCGCUAUUCAGCUACCAUCAACGAGUACUUCCAGCCUGUUCACCACAACUGCAGUGACCCAUUCACCUCAUCAAACUUCCUGGAGUAUCUUUUGAUAAGAGUAUCCUGGGCAGUGAGCCAACGGCUGGGAUUACUCCCAGGCUAACGGGAAUAACACACCAAAUUCAACACUGACGCACUACUGGACGACCCACUUCAAAGAGUUCAAAUAAUGGUCGGCUACUCAAGUUCCGGGGCCACCCGCACAUACGCUUCCGUUGUUGUCAACGCUUCCGAGGAGAAGGAUGCGGCGGUUUCGACUCCAGACUUCAGUUUCUCGGCGAAAACGGCAUCCCCUAGCAAUUCUCCUGCCCCAUCAUCCCCCAUACCCAUCCCUUCCCCGCUUGCAAGGGAACGCUGCCCCUAUCAUUUCAACUAUGAUGAAGCCAGCCGGCCUCGGGACGACUUCGCCCACCGACCAUCGCAACGGUUUCAUGACAAAUAUCGACGCCAGGGAGUGCAUGCGGGGACGGACGGUCGGAAUAACGGUUUCACUUUCGGCUUCCAUACAUCGCAAGAGCAGGUUGGCGAAACCGCUACGCCGCGGGCACCAGUAUAUACAUUCUCACUGCGGGGCUUGCCAUCUACGGCAAAGGACUAUUUGAGUUAUAGUGCAGGAGCCGUGCGGGAUCGGGUGACAACGGCAUGGCGAGUGACCGUGCGGCGGGUGGUGACAACAGCCCACACGGUCUUUGCCGUCACACUCAUAUCCGGAUUUGUUGUGUUGACCCUUUAUCUCUUUGUGGCGUCGUAUGUCAUUGCCGUGCUGUGCGCGAUUGCGAAACGAUUUCCCCUCGUCUUACAUGCCGCCAUGAGAGGGGCAUCAAAGACGGCACAUGUCGCAUUUGGAGCAGGCGUCUUAGCGUUCAAGGCUGGCCGAUCGGCGUACCAUACCGCCCAGUCGAUCUGGACCGACUACGGCGCGCCCUGGGUGCCUACCGUAGCCCCCUUAGUACCGAAAAGGGUACAGUCCAUCUUGGCCUGGAGGCCAUUCGGGUUUGGUGCUGCGAGUCAGGAGGAGGAGUGUGCAGAGGAACCUAGACCGCACCUCCACAAUGAGUUUUAUGCGCCUUUCUCUAAGCCAGGGUGGAAAGCAUCGACAAGCGGUGGAGUGCCCUGCCAGGACGACCCGGAUGGCCUCCCUUCGCCGCCCGCAUCCGCGUCGCCGUCUGUCACGCGCGCGUAUAGGUACCCGAACCAGCGAUUCACGCAUCCGCACCGUCGGUCACAAUCUUCAGACCCGAGCCCAUCACCCACACGCAGCUUUAUGGAUAGCUACCACGAUGGGGAAGAGUUAGAACCUUACCCGACGCCUGGAUCGUCCCCGCGACCUUCAGCAAUCCCAGAUUUGGCAGAAGACACAUCACCAUCCGCAACGCCGAUGAAUGUUCAUGUCGAAGAGGACUGUGUGGAGUCCGACCCGAACACGCAUAGACCUCGUCGCCGUGCAUCCGAACGCGCGUUCGAUCUCGAUCAAGACUUUAUCGCGGAAUCCGACCCAAACACGCCUAUACCUCGUCGACGUGCAUCCGAACGCGCAUUCGAUCUCGAUCAAGACUUUAUCGGAGAGACCGAGCCUAAUACACCCAGACCCCGGCGGAGCGCUUCGGAGCGGGUAUAUUCAAGCAACGAUCAGAUAGACCACGUGUUUGUCGAACGGCAGUUCGAUCUGCAUGACGGGCAGCUGUGCCCCAACGUGCAUGAAUUCCCUGACAGCGAUGACGAGGAUGGGAGCGCCGGCAAUCAAGGCGACAUUGACGAACCGCACGGUACGGACGAACGGGGCAGUCAUACGGAACGUCCGAGAUCAUCCCGUCGGCGAGAAUGGAGGUGGUCACUUAGCAGUAGCACGGCGAGUAGUGAUUACAGCUUCGAUUCUGGAUACGCGGAGCCGAAGGCGACCCGGGAUGAUACGCCCCAGUGACAGCCGGUCAGUCGUGGCCAGAUGUCGCACCGUAUACCCUCAACGACGCCUGGCAAGCGACACGAACCCACCGAGGACUUUUAGCGGCGAAACACCCCCCGAAACUUAUUGGCAAGAGCAAAGGCGAGCGAGCGC